AUGACCAACGCCGAGCAGUACGAGCUGCUGCGCGAAAUCAUUCACAGGCAAACGAGUCCGUCCAGCCCGCCGUUGCGCGUCUUCUUCACCGGUCCUGCGGGUUGCGGCAAGACGUUCGUUCUCCGCCUUGCCAUGGACAUAUACAACCGUUACGGCAGUCGGCAAGACUCUGGCUACAACGCGUUCGUGAUUUGCGCAAGCACCGGCAAGGCUGCUGUGGCAGUGGGUGGGACGACCGCGCACGCGGCGUUCAAACUGUCUCGCAAGCGAAUUGGAACGACCGGAGACGGCGGCCUGAAUCCAAACGAGCUGAACACGUUUCGCGUUGCGUUCCAACGAGUGAAGUGCGUGAUCACCGACGAGGGGAGCAUGAUGUCUGCCGACCAACUGCGAGCCGUGGACUGCCGCCUCCGUCAAAUCACAAAUCGACUGCAAGAACCGUUCGGGGGGCUGGACGUGAUCCUGUGA